CAUUGUGCUUCGACGUUCCACUCGGCGAGUUCGGUUCUAUUAUGUUGUAUGAAGCUUCGCUGGCUUCGGUAUCGUCGACUGAUAAUCUCUCGCUCAUUUCCCGCUAGGUUUUAUUAUUAUAACAUCGGCUUCGACUUAAUUUAAUUCAUUUGUGUAUCGCCGACGCGCAUCACCACACGCUUGGGUUCGGAGAGCGCACAUUAGCCGCUAGCUUCAGUAUUGAACAGGCGUUCGACGAAGAAACGCGCGGGUAUACAUAACGCGAACUUUAAAUACGUGCGGUUACUAAGGUCGUUAGGUGCUUUAGGCUACACAGAAAUGAAUCAUUUAAUAUUUAAUGCACCGCAGAGACUUUUAUCAUGCAGCAUGCAGAAACGAUCGUUAAUUGUGCUUUGUGCGUUUGUUAUUGGCGCUGCAGUCGCUGGCAAUGAAGGUCAACUGUGGAAAUGGACGUGUAACAGUAAGAAUCAGUGCAUACGGCAAGAGUACAACUCGAGUGCGGAAUAUUUAUCGGUGGAGAUGUGCCGUUUGGUUUGCGGAAAUUAUGGCGCCUUUUGGCCGAUACCUCGGCAGUUCAACCGCAGUACCGUUUUUGUGAAAGUGCAUCCAAAUCGGUUUAACUUUAAAAUUGAUGCUCCUGGUAAACCGAAAAAAUAUUUCGAAGAAGUUGUUGGUGUAUUUCAAAGCAAUUUGUUUGCUGAAUGUGGUCCGAACUGCAACGAAGCCGAUGAACAAUUUGUCAACGUCGAAGUAACGUUUACAUCUGGUAGUAUGGACUUAGACUGGACCACGGAUGAAAGUUACCGUCUACAAACCACUGAUGGAACUUGGCAGAUCAUCGCACCUAAUUUUUAUGGUGCCCGACAUGGAUUAGAAACCCUUUCACAAAUGGUGGCUCCCUAUCCAGAUGGUUUGGUAAUGUUAAAAUCUGCCCUCGUCCUAGACAAACCAUACUAUCCACAUAGAUCUCUUCUUUUGGACACGGCUAGGAACUAUUUCUCUGUCAAAGCAAUCAAACGCCAACUUGAUGGAAUGGGCUCAUCAAAAUUAAACUAUCUUCAUUGGCACAUCACUGAUUCGCAAAGUUUUCCGUUUGUUUCGAAACAACUACCAAACUUGUCUGCUCUUGGUGCCUAUUCCGACAAACAAGUAUACACUGCUGCAGAUAUUACUGAGCUGGUGCAUUAUGCUCUAUUACGUGGUGUGCGGAUUAUUAUGGAAGUUGACGCACCUGCUCAUGCUGGUAAUGGAUGGCAAUGGGGCCCCGCUGCAAAUUUGGGUAAUCUUGCUGUGUGCAUAAAUCAACAACCUUGGCGACAAUACUGCGUUGAAGCACCUUGUGGGCAAUUGAACCCUGCAAAUCAAAACGUAUACGAUGUACUGAAAAUGUUGUACAAUGACUUAACUGACUUAUUGCCUCAAAAUGAAUUAUUUCACAUGGGAGGUGAUGAAAUCGUUCUAAACUGUUGGAAUACAACGCAAGAAAUUAUUGACUACCUGCAUGCACAAGGUAAAGGUCAAACCAAAUCGGAUUUCUUGGAUUUAUGGGGUGAAUUUCAAGAGAAAGCCCUUGCAAAAUACGAUGAAUUACUGGGUCAUAAAGAUAGUACGAUCAUGUUGUGGAGUAGUGAAUUGACAACAACAGAUGUCAUUCAAAAGUACCUAGAUCCCAAGAGAUAUGUUAUUCAAACCUGGGUGCCAUCAACUGACCCUUUACCAAAUGAUCUUUUGAACAAAGGAUACAGGUUGGUGAUAUCUACAAAGAACGCUUGGUAUUUGGAUCACGGUUUCUGGGGCACUACAACUUACUAUGGUUGGAGGACUGUGUAUAAUAAUAAAUUGACUAGUCACAAAAAUGUCUUGGGUGGCGAAGUUUGCAUGUGGUCGGAGUUCUUGUCCGAGGAAGCACUUGAUGGCAGAGUAUGGCCUCGAGCGGCUGCUGCUGCAGAAAGGUUGUGGGCCAAUCCAAGUACAAAAAGUGACGUAGCUGAGAGCAGAAUGCACCGACAAAGAGAACGACUGGUCAAGAGAGGAAUUGAGGCUGAAACGCUGACACCACAAUGGUGUUAUCAAAACGAAGGUCAAUGUGGAUAAGUUAUUAUUGUAUUUGUUGUUACAGUAAAUGAAAUGUGAUACAUUUAUUUAUAUUUAAGUUGUGUGAAUGCUUCACGAAGAGUGCUCAUUGUGAAAUCCACGUCUUGUUGUGUGAUGCACAUGGGGGGCUUGAUUCGCAUAACCUACACAUUUUAAAAUUGUGACAAUUUUAUAAAUUUUAUAAAUCAAUUGAUAAUUUA